AUGAUGAGGUACUUGUCGACGAAAUGCGCACCUAAUCUGAGGAAGAUCAACCCAAAGGUACCGCCUGAAGUGGCAGCCUCCAUUGCUGAAGGUCUUUAUAAUAUUAUCAAGCAGCACGGCCCUUCCACCGUCUCCAACACUUGGAACCACGCUAAGGAAGCUGGUAUUAGCGGAUUGAAUAGCAAAACACAUAUGAAGAUAAUGCUCAAAUGGAUGACGGGAAGGAAGAUACUGAAGCUAUUUUGCAACCAUGUGGGUUCCAGCAAAAAAUUUUUGCACCGUACUCUGCCUGAAGAACCACAAACUGACCUAGCAAAGAACUCCCUGGAACUGAACUUGCAAGCUGAGAAGUCUUCUAUGAAGUGGAAAAAGAAAAUUCAGUGA